AUGGCGUACAUUCUUCUUUAUGUGAACGACAUCAUCCUUAUUACCUAUACUCGUGUUCUUUGCAAAUCAAUUAUGUACUUUGUGGAUAUUGUUGUCUCUUGUCACCUUGGUAGCAUCUUUCUAAGUCAAAGAACCUAUGCUUCAAAGCUCAUGGAACGGGGUGGCAUGACAUCUUGCAAACCGUUAGCCACCCUUGUCGAUACCAAGAAAAAACUCAGCACCUCCUAUGGCAAACCCUAUAAGGAUCCCUCUUUAUAUCGAAGUCUUGUAGGGGCCAUACAGUACCUCAUGUUCACUAGACCGGAGAUAUCUUAUGUGGUUCAGCAAGUCUGUCUUCACAUGCAUGCACCUAGCACGCAACACAUGUUUGCUCUCAAGUGCAUAUUUGCGUUAUGUUCAAGGUAUCAUACACUUUGGAUUACAUUUAUCAUCAUCCGCAUUACAAAGCUUAUCUCCUACAUUGAUACUGAUUGGGGUGGAUGUCUUGAUACCAAGUGCUCCAUAUUCGAGUAUUGUAUUUUUCUCAAUGACAACCUUAUCUAUUGGUCUUCCAAAAGUCAGUCUGCUCACUCUCGUUUUAGUAAUGAAGUCAAAUAUAGAAGUGUUGCCAAUGUUGUCUCUGAAUCGUGUUGGAUUUGCAAUCUUUUAUUGGAGCUCUAUUUUUCCAUUGCUCAUGUCACCUUAGUGUAUUGUGACAAUGUCAGUGCCAUCUAUCUAUCUGGUAAUCCUGUACAGCAUCAGCGUACCAAGCAUAUUAAGAUGGACAUUAAUUUUGUUCGAGAAAAGGUAGCUCGUAGUCAGAUAAUAUCACACAAGCAAAGCCAACAAAAAGACACAAGCAAACCUAUUCGGGAAACUUGCUCGUCAAUUAAACAAGGUGAAUUACUAGCAAAGAGGAAAUUAAACAAGGCUUGGAAUCAUUUCAUUGUAUCGUCAGAAGAAGAACAAAAAGCUUCGUGCAAAUACUGUGACACAAAGAUUAAGUAUAAUAAUGGAACUAGUUCAAUGCAUGCUCAUUUAUCGAGAUGUCUCGCUUACAAGAAGCAAAAGACAUCAUCUUGUAUAACAAGUGAUGAAGAACAAGUUGGCUCUCCUAUAAUUGUCAAGUUUGACCAAGAAGCUAUUCGAAGAGCAAUGGUUAAGAUGUUCAUUAACAUGGAGAUUCCUUUUCGGAAGGUUGAACACGAGUCUUUUCAUGAAUUUAUGAGUCUCGCUUCACCAAGAUUUCAGAUUUGUUCGCGCACAACAUUGGCACGUGAUGUCUUGAAACUGUGGGACACCGAAAGAAUGAUUUUGAAAAAUUUUCUCUCUAUGAAUUGCCGAAGAGUUUGUCUCACCACUGAUAUGUGGACUUCUUGUCAAAAGUUGAGCUAUAUGUGUGUGACGGCCCAUUUCAUUGACAAUAAUUGGCACUUACAGAAGAAAAUCUUAACUUUUUGUCAAGUCACAAGUCAUACAGGAGAUGCUAUUUGUGAAACAAUGGAGAUGUGUUUGAAUAGUUGGGGUUUAAACCGCGUGCUUAGUUUGACGGUUGAUAAUGCUUCAUCUAAUGAUGUUGGGGUUGAACGUCUCAAGAGAAGGCUUUUGUCCAAGAAUAGUUUAGUUAUGAGCGGAAACAAUUUUCAUAUGAGGUGUUGCGCACACAUAUUGAACUUAAUUGUGAAAGAAGGUUUGAAAGACAUUGAUGCUUCUGUUUAUAGAGUUCGUCAUGCUGUUUGGUAUGCUAGAUCUUCUCCCGCGAGACUUGCUAAAUUCAAGGCAUGUAUUGAUGAGGAGAGCAUGGACUAUAAAGGUUUAGUUUCUCUAGAUGUUGAGACUCGUUGGAAUUCAACUUACUUGAUGUUAGUAUCCGCAUCAAAUCAUGAAAGAACUUUUGAAGAAUUAGGUUACCGAAAUAAAAGGUAUGUGAAUGAAUUGACAAAAAAGGGAAAAGGUGUUCCGACGAAAGACGAUUGGAAGCAUAUCAACUUAAUCAUUCCAUUCUUGAAAUUGUUUUAUGAUGCUACUGUAAAAAUAUCAGGGUCAUCUUAUUUGACAAGCAAUAUUUAUAUGUUUGAGGUCCUGGGUAUUGGAAAGAGCAUUGUGGCUAUGUGUGCGUCUGAAGAUGAACAUCUACGUUCAGCAGCUCAAAAGAUGAAGAAGAAGUAUGAUAAGUAUUGGGGAUCUCAUGAUAAGCUUAACAUGUUGUUGUUGAUUGCUCUAGUUUUCGACCCUAGACGCAAGGUUAGAUUGGUUGAUUGGAUGGUACGACGAUAUUAUAAUAAGGUUGAUGCUGAUGCCUUGAAAGGAACCUUAGAGUCUUGCUUGACAUCUAUUUAUGAGGAAUAUUGUGUUGGAUUUAUGUGUCCCCAAGGUAAUUCAAAUGAGCCGCAAGUUUUUGGUAGUGUUAGUCAUCCUUAUGGAACUGCUGAGUUCUAUCUUUCAGAAGGGUGUGACAAUGCAGAUAAUGAAUUAAUUGCUUAUCUUGGAGAGAAGUUAGAGCAUAACAUGGAGAUAAAUGUUCUAGAGUGGUGGAGAGUAAACUCUGGCCGCUAUCCCAUCCUUGCAAACAUUGCAAGGGAUGUGCUAGCUAUACCAAUAAGCACAGUGGCGUCUGAAUCUGCAUUCAGUACAGGAGAAAGGGUGCUUGAUCCAUAUCGUAGCUCAUUAACACCUAAAACAGUCGAAGCACUGAUAUGCACUCAGGAUUGGCUCAAAGGAACAUCUUCAUCCUUGAUUACAAAUGAAGAUUUUGAUCUUCUUGAGAGAUAUGAGCAAGAAUUACUUCGUACGGAAGAUGGUGCUAGCUGUUCAACAUCCUCAACCUCUGUUGCACUUGAAGAGGACUUCUCGGUUUAAUUGUUGUACUGCACUCGGUUGAGAUUGUGAUGGAAGUUGAGGAAGAAUUUGGCAUUAGCGUGAAAUAAGAAAGUGCUCAGAGCUUCUUGAGACUAAGACUUAACAUGUCCAUUUUGGAGUGUCUUUUUUUUUUGUUGCUAUAUGAUAUUUAGUGUGCGGUUUAAUUAAACUUCAUGUAACUACUAGAUCUUUUGUGGACCAUAUUAGGAUUACAAUACUACUAGUUUUAAUCUUAAUUUUGUAGAACUUAUGUCUCUUUACAUGUUAAACAUAAUAUGCUCUUAUAAGUCACAAGUAUUUGCUCU